AUGGCUGUCCUGGCUCCCUGGGUCUGGGUACUGGUUGGCUGCCUUUCUGCUACUGUAGCAGAGGAUUCUGAUAUAACCACCCCAUACCCUCCUCUCUGGGAAGAGAGCCCUGAACAGUUAAGCGAUUAUAGGUUUGAGGAUGGAAAACACAUAAUUAACCCAUGGGUAUUCACUGAUAGAAUGGGGUUGUAUAGAAUCCUACUGACUCAGACAGCCAUAUAUUUUGCAAAAUAUGGUCCAGAAAAUGAAGAAAAUCUUUUGUGGGGAUUGCCUUUUCAGUUUGGAUGGCAGUAUAAAUCAGGUAGAUUAGCUGAUCCCACUGGAGGGACAGACUGUGGCUAUGAACCUGGAGACCCUAUGUGUGUGUCUGUGGACAGUUGGUGGGCUGAUGUGAAUUAUUUUUUGAGUGUGAUACCUUUCCUUGCUGCUGUUGAUUCUGGCAUCCUGGGGAUAUCAGCAGACCAAAUCACGAUUUUACCACCGCCCCUGGAUCAGUCCAAGUUUUGUUAUGGUGUUUCUGGCUGCCAAGAGCUCGUCCGCGAGACAAUGGACAACUGGACUGCUUUUUUUAAGUACAUGCAGCUGCCUUCUAGUGACUUUGAUGGCCUUUUGAAGCACUUAUGGACUGCUCAUACCUCAUCCCUGGAGUAUCCUAUUGAUGUCUUUUCAGACAGAUAUGUCUAUUAUUCUGACCAAGAAGCCAAGUUUGAGGAAAACUGGGCUGUUGCUGUAAAUUACUUAGCUGCAGCCUACCUCCCUACAACCAUGAAUAGAACAUACAGGUUUCAGAAGGGUCUGCCGCCUCGUGUUCUUGUUGAUACUGACAUAGCCCCUUUUAUUACCAACUUCACUGCUCUUCAGAACACGGUCCUAGUGUCACUCACAGCUCUUGGUGAUACUGAUAGACUUUCAGGAUCGGCAUCUUUGACUGCCUGGAAAUUUAUCAUGAGGUCAAAAGCCGCAAGGGAACUAUUUCUAAAAGCUUUUGAAGAGUUUCUGGGAGCAUCUACUUAAAACAUAAAACUUUUAGUGAACAAUGAACAACUGCCUUUGGCCACAAGCAAAUAAAAAUAAUGACUCUGAUCACAUUCAUGUAGGCUUAUGCUUUGGGUU